CGUGGCCCACAAAAUCAGCUUGCACACAUGUCAUCGAUGGAGAGGCUUCCUUCAACCCUAGGUUUCAUUGCCACCAUGGUUGGUACCAUAUACGUAUCGAUGGUUCUCCACAGCUACAUUCUCUCAGUGCUCUUCUCUGUGUUACAGGUUCUUGCGCUGAUUUACUAUUGUAUAUCCUACUUCCCUGGUGGAUCAUCCGGCAUGAGGUUCCUCAGUUCUGCUCUCACCUCAUCUGUGCUAAGAGUGUUCGGGAGAUGAGCUUGCACGGCCAAUUUGUGAGAAAGAACAAUACUUACUUAUUGGUGUACAAAGAAAGAUGUCAGAGCUUUUUCCGUAUGCUCUUUAACAUAGGUUUGAUGAAAAUACUUUAAAAAGACAAAUGAUCUUGAAGUAGAUGUUUAAUGAAGAACCCAAGUGAUGUUAUAACUAUCUUCUUACUUCUUUUUUGAUUA